UCUUCUUCUCUCAAAAUUUGGAAAUUUAAAUGCGUGCUCUUUUCCGCUCUAUUCAAACCGGAGCACCGCUACUCUUCGUUAUUCUAUUCUAUGGAAAUAUUUUCAUAGGAAAUUUUAUAUAAAGUCAAUCUUCUUCCCCAGAUGAAAAUUUGCGAAAGAUAUUCUCUUUAGAUCACCUUGUCGACGAAGCGUAAGCCUUUGGUGGUUAUUGCAGGAAAAUUGAAAGGACACAGGAUAGAUGAUAUCGAUUACAUCCAAUGUCGAAUUCUAUAUGUUAGCUUGCGAUUAAAUCGUUUCACAAGCAUUUGCUUGAGUAUAUAUAUGCGUUGCAUAUAUUAUUCAAUGUUUAAGAUAUUGAUUUCAUAGUUUCGGGUGUUUAUCAAUUGAAUUGAAUGGCAAGACGCGGUGGUACAUGGUAUAACAACAUAUCGAAAAAAAAAAAAAAAAAAUAGAUAAUUUAAUUGAAAAAUGUUUAUUUCCUUUUUUUUUUUUGUUUUUUGAAACAUUAGAAAAUUAAAACCAAUGCUAGAAAGACGGGAAAUAUCAUUGAACUCAAAAACUUUUAAAAUAAUAAUAAAAAACUUAUUACCGACGUCUUUUACUAAUAGGAGAGCAGCAGUAGUCUCGAUUAUGUUAUUUAUUAAUAUAUUCAUGGAAUUGCUAAGGAAUUCGUUUACUAUAUACACGUGCAUACUACAUAUGGAAAACAAGUGAGAACGUCUUCUUAACAUUAAAAAGAGAAAAUAUAAAUAUUUUAUUACAAAAAAAAAAUGGCUGUAUUUUUUAAAACAAAAAUCAUAACAACAUAAUAAAUAACUUUAGAUUUAUUGUUAUAUUAUUAACGCGAGAAUUUUGUUAGAAUAGAAAUAUUAAACGCGUAAACUGUUUAUUUGCCUUUGGUGCAAAUAUACAGCAAUCGAUACGUAAUAAAUAAUACCUCAAAAAGUAACAAAUACAAAAUUACAACAAUAAAUAUGUCAGAACACAGCGCUUGGGGUCAACGCCCAGCGACUGCUGCCGAAGCUGCCAUAUGGUGGCCUAGUGCGGCGCUCGCUGCGGCUGCUACACAACACCAACAACACCUGCAACAACAACAACCAUCAAUUGAUCAGCAAACUCUUCAACAAUAUCAGCAACAAUUGGUUGCCCAGCAACAACAACAAGCCGCUGCCGCAGCCGCUGCUGUACAGCAGCAACAACAAUUGCAACAGCAGCAGCAACAGCAGCAACAUCAACAAGUUGUCGUCCAACAGAAUCAACAGCAAGCCCAUCAGAAUAACGCCAAUACGACGUCCGGUGUCGGUACACAGCAGUUAUUCACGUAUAAAAUGGCCAGUAGUUUCCCAAAUCCAGCGACCACAAUGGCCCAGGUGGUCGCCACCUCAAACGCGGCCGGUACACCAGCGUACGAUUAUCGUUUGAAUAUGGCACAGGCAGCCGCCGCCGCUGCGGUGCCAGGUUCCCAGUGGUGGUAUUCAGCCGCCAAUCAAGGUCAACUGGAUGCUAAUGCAGCUGCUCAGUUACAACAGCAACAGCAACAGCAGCAACAGCAAAAUGCGCAAAAACGUAAAAACAAAAAAAAAAAAAACAAGCCGCAAAAGUCCAAAAGAGUGAAGAAAAAAAAAAAAAAAAAAAAAAAAACAGAAUUUAAUCAUUUGGAGAGGGAGAGAGAGAGAGAGUGGAAAGAGUGAGAGAGAGAGAGAGAGUGGAGAGAGGGGUGAGGGAGAGAGCGAGAGGGAGAGGGAGAGCGAGAUAGACACACAGAGAGAGAGAGAGAGAGAGAGAAAGAAAUGAUAUCGAAUUGUGGUGGCGGCGGUAAGGCUGAUGCUAAACCACGUGGCCGUAUGACAGCAUAUGCCUAUUUUGUGCAGACAUGCCGUGAAGAACAUAAGAAAAAACAUCCCGACGAAACGGUCAUCUUUGCUGAAUUCUCAAGAAAAUGCGCAGAAAGAUGGAAGACAAUGGUUGAUAAAGAGAAGAAACGUUUUCAUGAGAUGGCUGAAAAGGAUAAAGCACGUUAUGAAAUGGAAAUGCAAAAUUAUGUUCCGCCCAAGGGUACUGUAGUUGGACGUGGCAAAAAGAGGAAGCAACCAAAAGAUCCUAACGCGCCGAAACGUUCAUUGUCUGCUUUCUUCUGGUUUUGCAAUGAUGAACGUAAUAAAGUUAAAGCUCUGAAUCCUGAAUAUGGUGUAGGCGAUAUUGCUAAAGAGCUGGGCCGUAAAUGGGCCGAUGUCGAACCUGAAGUUAAACAAAAGUAUGAACUUAUGGCUGAAAAGGAUAAGGCAAGAUACGAAAGGGAAAUGACUGAAUAUAAAACAAGCGGGAAAGUUGCCAUGUCUGCACCCUCCAUGCAAGCGUCCGCUCAGGCGGCGCAAAAGGCUGCGUUACUGGCUGCUGCUCAACAGCAGCAACAACAGCAACAGCAGCAACAACAGCAGGCCCAGCAACAGCAAGCUCAACAUCAUGAUGAACAUGACGAUGAUGAAGGCGAUGGUGAGGAUGAUGAGAAUCAGUAGACUUAAGUAUAAGGUUGCUAAAUAUAACCAUAAAAUUAAAUUUAAAAAGAAAAAAAAAAGAAAAAGAAGAAAAAAGAAAUAAGAAAGCAAAUCAUCAUUGUCACACCUCUUCCUUGAAUGAAAAAAAAA